GAUAGCUAACAAACUGUAAGACACAGAGAGAAAUGGGAUCUUCGAGAUGUGUGUAUUGCGCUCGAUCAAUCACUCAUUUCCCAUCCCACCCACCUCUGUACUUGCAUGUUCCACCCCCUAUGUACCCACCCAAGGAAUUGGGUUUUUGUUUCUGGUAAUCCCUGAGCUACUCUGUUCUCUCUCUUCCUUUCUUCAUUCAUUCAGGGCCUCUCAUUCUUCUCCAUCCCCUUCUCCUUCUACGAGAAGAGCCCGGCAGCGAAAAAGAAGCAGCGACUAGAAAAGAGGAGACACUGAUGAGAAUGGGAUCACCAAACUCGCUCAAAGACCAACCUCGCUCCUUCACAAAGCUCCGAUCUUGGGCUCUUUAUAUUUUGUUUCCCUUAACCCUCCUUCACCUAUACUUCUACCCUCUCCAUCUCACACCCUCUUUAUCAAAUCAGGCCCCUCCUCACAAGCCUGUCAUCCUCUCUGCGCAAGUAUUAAAGAGAGGAGGACCCUUUCAUGGGAAAGAGAUUUCUUGCGAUUACUUUAAUGGCAAAUGGGUACGAGACAAGGCGGGGCCUCUGUAUAAUGGCACCAGUUGCAGUACCAUCAAGGAAGGCCAGAACUGCCUCAACCAUGGUCGCCCUGACAAGGGCUAUCUCUUUUGGAGGUGGAAACCUAAGCAAUGCAGGUUGCCCAUGUUCGAACCCUUCACCUUCCUCUCCCUCCUUGAGAACAAACACGUUGCCUUCGUCGGUGACUCCAUGGCCAGGAACCAACUGGAAUCCCUCGUCUGCCUUCUCUCCUCAGUUUCCUCCCCUGAUCUGGUUUACCGCAGCGGCGACGACAACAAGUUCCGCAGGUGGCACUUCCCCUCUCACAACCUCAACAUUUCCAUCUAUUGGUCUCCAUUCCUUGUGAAAGGGAUCGAGAAAUCCGACAAUGGUUUUGAUCACAACAAGCUCUACUUGGACACCGUAGACGAGCGAUGGGCGUCGGAAUUGGGACAGAUUGACAUGCUGGUCCUGUCGGUGGGUCACUGGUUCCUCCAUCCGGCUGUGUACUACGAGAAGGAAUUGGUGCUGGGCUGCCAUUACUGCCCUGGUCUGAACCACACCGAGAUCGGCUUCUACGAUGUGUACAGGAAAGCUUUCAACACGACCCUUAAGGCAAUAAUCGAUAGGCGAGGUGGGGACGCCAUGGAUGUGAUCGUGACCACAUUCUCACCUUCCCAUUUCGAAGGUGAGUGGGAUAAGGCAGGGGCGUGCCCAAAGAAGAAGCCUUUCAUGGAAGGGGAAAAGGCGGUGGAGGGUAUGGACGCAGAGAUGAGGAAGAUAGGUGUGGAGGAGUUAGAAGGUGCGAUAGGCAUGAAGAAGGAGCUGGAGAUGGCGACAGGGAAGACUACAGGGAUGAGGUUGCAGGCCUUGGAUGUGACGAAACUAGCAUUGAUGAGGCCGGACGGCCACCCUGGACCGUACAUGCACCCUUUUCCAUUCGCGAAUGGGGUGCCAGAACGUGUACAAAAUGACUGUGUGCAUUGGUGCUUGCCCGGGCCCAUCGACACCUGGAACGAGAUACUGUUGGAGGUCAUUCGGAGAUGGGAGGUCCACUCUAGGUAUGGCUCCAAGAUGAAAAUUGGAAGGCGGCUCUGAGAAGUUGAAAGGAAAAGAAUGGGCUGUGUUUUUAAUUCUUUACUGGUGAUGAGUUGAUUGCGUAAUUGCCUGUAUCACAAUUCACAAGGGUGAGGGUGAAGUGGACUAUGGACCUAACCCAAUCUUCUACUGAGAUAUGAGAUUAGGCCUCAACUUUACACACACACACACACACAGACCUCAUACUUUUGUUAAUGUGGCUUGGUUGGGGAAUGGGGACCUCAUACUUUUGUUAAUGUUUUCUUUUCUAUUAUUUAGGGGUGGGGGUCUGCUUCAGGAAGUUGUUCUUCGUCCUUGUAAUCAGCCUCCCUAGUCCCUACCUUAAACAACCCUUUUUCUUUUUUUCUGCUGUAAUACAGUAAAUAGCUUGAAAGAGGACAAGAGGGAGACUACAAUGAUUGAUUGUUUUCCCUACUUUUUAAUCAAAAAGUUAUUCUCGGGGCUCU